GAGCUCCUCAGUCUUCGCUAGGGUUUGCAGAAGAGAAGAAGAAGAGCCGUCAUCUUUAGUUUCCGACUCCAUUCUUCAAAAUGAUUAUCUCAGAGAAAAACCGUCGUGAAAUAUCAAAAUACCUCUUCCAAGAGGGAGUGUGCUACGCCAAGAAGGAUUACAAUCUGGCCAAGCACCCGGAAAUUGAUGUGCCAAACCUUCAGGUGAUCAAGCUCAUGCAGAGCUUUAAAUCUAAGGAGUAUGUGCGGGAAACUUUUGCUUGGAUGCACUACUACUGGUACCUCACAAACGAUGGUAUCGAGUUCCUCAGGAACUAUCUCAAUCUCCCUUCUGAGAUUGUCCCUGCUACCUUGAAGAAGCAAGCCAAGCCCGCUGGGAGGCCUUUGGGAGGCCCUGGUGGUGACCGCCCACGUGGUCCACCCCGCUUUGAUGGAGAACGUAGAUUUGGUGGUGACCGAGAUGGGUACCGUGGAGGUCCUCGUGGUCCUCCUGGUGAGUUUGGUGACAAAGCUGGAGCUCCCGCUGAUUACAGGCCUUCUUUUGGGGGUCCUGGUGGAAGACCUGGUUUUGGUCGUGGCGCUGGUGGUUUUGGUGCAGGGCCAGCUAGCUCUGAUCUUUCUUAAAUAGGAAUUUCAUCUCCGUCUUGUAAGGUUUAAGAUUUAAGAGUUGAGAGAUUGAAGAAUGGGGAUAUAGCAUUUGGGAUUGAAUAGCAGUUUUGUUUUAUUACUGAGAUAAUUGUUGGAUUCUCUUAGAUUUAUUACUCUACUUUGUUUUAUUUUGUUGAACCUUGUUCUCUUCCAUUAUCCAAAUCAAGCCUCUUAGUUAUGAUGUUU